AUUACCGUUAAAUUAAAAAACAAACUAUGCAAUUACCCAAUUUUUAACAACAUACUUUCAAAUUUAAAAGAAGAAAAUAUAUAUUUCUUAUAAUUUUCCCUGGUCUUUAAGCUUUGUAAACUGCUUAGACUGAAAACUUGUUGAGACGAUAUUAGGAAAAGCCAGGGAUGUCAAAGACUGACCGGGAAGAAUUUCACUCGCGUUGCGACGCUUGCGACUAUCAAAAACUUAAAAAAAUGGAAUCGAAUCCUAUGGUACGAGAAUUAAGAGAUAAAAUUGAACAACUAAGUUUCAGGCUAACGGAAUGUAAAAAUGAAAACCAAAUGUUAAAAAGAAGUUUGCAGCAGGCUAAAAGGAUGGUGUACAAAGAGGUAGGGGCUUCUUCGUUAGACUUUCAAGACAUGCUGAAACGCGGUUCUGAUUCCAGUCGAAAACAAAGAAUGGAAACCAUUAUUCACCUCAAAAGGAAACUCCAACAGCUGCAAGACUAUUUGAAUCAGCUCGAAGGAACCUCGUCGAAAACUCAAAUUAUUGAAUGCCCUAAGGUGAAAAAAAGUGAAGAUAAAAAAGAUUUCUGGAAAAUUGAAUUGGAACGCCGAAAAGCUAAAGAAACCACUGAGAGAGAUGUAGCUCCACUGCUGGAAGAGAGCAAUGAAUUGCGGAGACGACUUGCUGCAGAGAAAACAAGAUUCAAAGAACUUAGAGAAGAAGUAAAUUUGCUUCGGGCAGAAUUGGACAGUCAAAUACAGAAAAAUGAAAGCGACAUGAGACUCACAAAAUCCUUCAAAACAAUUGAAAGUCAAAUUCAAGAUACUGUGGAAGAGAGAGCUGAAAUACGAAGAGAACUUGUCGGUUGUAAAGCUCGAAAUAAAAGACUGGAUGACGAGGUAUCUGCAUUAAAAGGGGAAUUGCAAACAUUGCACACUAAAGCACAAGACAAUAACAUGCUGAUUGAUUGUUACACGAGGAAACAUAAACAAAUUCAAGAAGCAAUAGAAGCUGAAAAAUCAAUAACACAAGAAAAGAUGAAUUUCUACAAACUGGAAUUGCAGGUCCUAAAGGAUAAUUACGAUUCCGAUAUGGAAAUACUGGAUUCAUUGCGGAAUAUUUUUGUUCAAAAGCAUCAAUUGCUUUCUGAAUUAAAACAAGACAUCGAAACAAACUUUCUGCAAGUCAACUUGGACGAACAAAGCCAAACAGUUUUACAACAGGAUAACUUGGAUGAACAAAACCAAAUAAUUAUGGAGCAAGAUAACUUGGAGAAACAAAACCAAAUAGAAGCGGCAACGAACAAAUUAAAAGACCGCAGUUCAAGUGCAGUUUUUAACGAAACAGAAACCCAUCCAUCAGACGAAGAAAUUUCUGUAGAAGGCACUACGAUUGCAGACGAUUCCGUAAGAGAGCAGAAUGCAGCGAUGAAUUUACAAAGAAGGCAACUACAUUUUGAUAUCGCCAUGUACCAAAAACUUCUUGAAGCAUCUCGAAUCGAAAAAGAGCGCCUACAAUAUAUAUUUCAACUGCAAGAACGACAAAUGAAUGGAAUAGCCACGCAGGUAGUCGAAACUGGAAGAUUGGUCACUGCGAAAGACAUCGAAAGAAGUAAUCUUAGAGAGAGAAUAACUAGAAUGCAACGAACAUUAUCCAAGAAGGCUUUACUCUCUAAAAAUGAACUCGAAGAUUUACGAAUUAAAAUUGGUGGUCAAAAAGAAGAAAAUGAGUUUUUGAGAAAUUUUCUAUUAUCAUCUGUUAGCAGUCGAACGGAGGAUUUUACUCUUUACAAGAAAUUUUUGUACGACACAAAAAAUUUUUUCGAGGAUGCAUUUCAAGAAAUAAUUGGACAUUUUAGUCGAAACGAGCCUGCUGCAUUACCAAAUGACAUCUCAGUAUACAGUGUGAACUAAAUAUCUUGUACAUUAUUGCCUUUUUCAGACUAAAAUUAUCAUUUUUAUCAAUAGUAUUAUAAUUC